AGCGCUGUCAGAGCCGUUUCGGUGAAAUUAUCAACUUUUCGCUAAAAAUAUUAUUUUCGUAAUUUGUGGCGGAUGGCCUGACGGGAAAAUUGUAUCAGCCAAUCAAAAAUCGUAUUACUGCGGGAAGUUUGAAUCUGAAAGUGGCGAAAACUGUGAAAGGACAAAAAUAAAUAACUAAAUAGUAUACAAAUCAAGCCAUGGAUCCGAGCAAACAGUUGUUGAAGUCUUUAGAGAUGGCCAUGGAUAAAUUACACAAGAUUUGGGACCGCAUUGGAAUAGGAAGGGCAGCAAAAGAAGAGAGGAGUUCAAUGGUGCUGAGACAUUUGCAGGGACUGCUGGAUGAGAUGGUUGAUGAAGAAGAGGGUUUAGAGAAACAGAUAGUACAGAGGGUAGAAGAUCUCUCUGCUGAACUUAAACAGCUUACUCAAGACCUUAAUGUUCCAGAAUUCAAGAAAACACCAGGACAAGCAAUUCUACAGGUAGAGAAAGAGCUAAAGACCAAAGUGGACACACUUAGGAAGGAGAAGAAAGAGCGUAUGAAGAUUCUUGCCAAGUUAAAGCAAGAUGACCAGGUUUUAUGUGAUGCCAUGUGUAUGACACCAUACUAUAUCCCAUCAGGUUCAAUACCGUCUGGUGAACAGUUAGAACAACUUAAACAACAUGUGGAAAAACUUGCACUAGAGAAGAGACAGCGCUAUGAAACAUUUAUCAAACAGAAGAAAGAGAUUGCAGACCUGAUGUUAUUUAUGGACCGCUCACCAGAGUCGAGCUUUGAGAAGGAAGUAGUUAACGAGGAGGAGGAGUCUUUCGCUCUGUCCAAAGAUAACAUGCAUGCUCUAGAUGCCCUAGUUGCUGAGCUUUUAUCCAGUAAAACAAAACUGGAGAUGACCGUGGCUAAGCUAUGGGACAAGUUACAUACACUCUGGGAAAGGUUAGAGGUUCCCAAACAUGAACAGGAGUUAUUUGAAAAUGGUAAAGAAGGCAUUAAACCUGCAGUGAUAGAAGCUUUAAAUGAGGAGAUAGAACGAUGUGAGGCACAGAAGUUAGCACAUAUACAGAAGUUUAUUGAUGGUAUAAGACAGGAGCUGGAAAAUUGGUGGAAUAAAUCCUACAUUAGUGCCAAACAGAGGAGUGAAUUCAAAUACUUUACAGAUAAUAAUUACACUGAAGAAUUGUUAGCAUUACAUGAGAAGGAGGUAGCUUCUGUUAAAGAAUAUUAUGAGAAUCAUAAGCAGAUUCUAGAACUGGUCGGGAAAAGGGAAGUCUUGUUUCACAAAAUGAUUGAGUUUGAGAAAAGAGCAAAUGAUCCAAACCGAUUUUUCUCGGAUCGAGGAGGAAAAUUACUGCUGGAGGAGAAAGAGAGGAAAGCUUUGAUGAAACAAUUACCAAAGGUUGAACAAAAUGUAAAAGAUGAUAUUUUGUUGUGGGAGAAGGAACAUGGACGAACAUUCUUAGUGAACGGAAUGUCGUUUAUCAGAUAUAUUGAGAAAACUUGGACCGACUAUGAAGAAGCAAAAGUAAGAGAAAAGGAGGAAAGGCAAAAAGCAAAGACAAAACUCAUGAAUGAAGAGAUGAUAUUUGGAAGUAAGCCAAGUACACCAGUUAAACGAAGAUUUCAACCGACCACUACACCUUCAAAAACUCCGAAAUAUAGAAAGAUUGAUAGUACAUGUAGCAGUGGCAGUGGUUCAACGGUACAUGUCAAAAUUUCGAUAAAUGAUUCAAAGACUCCAGCAUCAGUGAGUAGAAUGCAGCAUACAUCAGUAUACCAUUCCCCAUAUAGAAAAGCCCCAGUAUCAUCUGUACCUCAUGCCAGUAAAGUCAUGUCAGCUUCCAGUAAAACUGCGCCUGGUUCCCGUAACAGGAGGAGGUCUAACAGACUGGCCCGUAAAGUUCUAGGCGAGAGAAACGAGGGUAUAAAUGAGACAGUGUUCAGUCAUACUACAGUUAGCAGCAAUAUAAACACAGAUUUUGGUGGGAAUAAUUCUCUAGCCUCGACCGGAUCUUAUCAAGAUUUUGCUGUGGGAUUGAACCCCUCAGCCCGUCCCUAUUGCCGCAGCUCUAUCGCUCCCCCACAUACAAGUCCUAGCAAACACAAGGACCAUCAUAGAUUGUAAAUACAUUGUAUUAUGAAUAAUAGGCCACACUUGAAUCAUGGAGGAAAAUAAAACUGUAAUGCAUACAGGGUCGGCUAUCAUCAUAGUGAAGUGAGAAAUGUGUUGUACCGCAGUGCAGCUUGUAGCCUUAACAUAACAACAUUGAUAUGAACAUAGUCAUGAAGUCAUACUGAUUGAUAUACAGACUGCCUGAUAGAAUGUGACACUAAAAUAACAAAAUGUUAUCAAUAUUCAAUGGAACUUAACUAUUGAACAAAUGCCCAGUAGUUACCUAAAUAUCGGAUAAUGUGAUAAAAAUGCUCUUCAUAAAACCAGAAAUAAAGAAACUGUUACUAUGGUAAUAGUAAAUACGUUGUAGUCAUUAUGCAAAGAUGUUUUGUUCUGGUUUGCAGAACAUUUAUAAGAAAGAGACUUUCACAUUUAUAUUUAUCAAAACCUAGAGAUGGCGGUAAUCAUAUGGGCAAGGUGUUCUACAUGUUACAUAAGCAAAACAUAAUCCCUCUAAAUGUCAGUGUUACAGUGUAUGAGCAUCAAUGAAAAAUUGUUCUUCUUUUACUGAUUUAGUAUUGAACCCUCAUUUAUUGAGUAUGCCCUGUAAAAUACUGCUUAGAUUCUGUUAUUUUCUGUCUUUCUUGCACAGUGUUUUCCUCUUCAUACUUUUUCCUGUCAGUCUGACUCUACUCUGCUGUUCUACUGUUACUGUAUAGUCAUCCAUUUAUUAUUCAUUUAGAAUAUCACAUGCUUGUGUUUUACAGGUCUUGUUUUUAAGGAGUAUUUGCUUUGGAAAAAGGGAUCUGCGAUAUGCCGUGGAAGAAAAGAUACUUUUUUUACUGUAUUAUUUUGAAUGUAUAUUUGUAUUAUAUAUAAAGGUUGCUUGAAAUAUUUAUUUCUUUUGCAAUGUAAGAGAAAAUAAUUUUAAUAUGUAUGUAAGAAAUGGGCAUUUAUUGGAUAAUAAUUGUUUUAAGUGGUAAGUUUUUAGUUGACACUGGUUAAUAACCCAAGCCUGCUUGAAAUGAUCUUGUCAUUGUAAUCAAAAGGAGGAUCCAGUCAACUUCUAUCAGAUCAUACUUGUUCUUUAGUCAGAUAUAGUUGAAUUGUUUCCAUAUCACAAGAAUUUACCAUCACACUACAUUAUUUUGAUAUAUAUCGUCACUGGAGUGCGAUAAUGGGUUAACUCCUUAAAUAAUUAUGAUAGGAGUUAACCUGUUACUGCACUAAGGUGACGAUAUUACCAUUGGCAAGACUUGUGACCUUCAUUGAAGGGUCAAGGUCAUUGUGUUUUAAGUUAAGAAAGUAGACCAACUUGUUGCUAGGAUUUUAGUUUUUACUUCUUUAAAUCAGCAACUUAUCAGUUGCAUUUAUCCAGAUGUUUACAUAGGAAUUGUUAAUUUCUUUGUUUAAAAUAAUUAAUUACAUACAAAAUGUUUAGUCUACAUUCCAUUAUG